GUUGGAAUGAAUUAAGAUGUUUUAAAGCAGAUUCGACAGCAUUUCCCAAUUAUAGACAAUAUAUUGUUCAGGAAUAUUCUAUCUCAAUAGAAAGAUUAGAACCUAUUGAUAGCAUUAGUUUAUAUUUUGAAGAGAGUAAGGGAAAUAGUGGGCCAUAUGGAAGACGUCACAAAGUUUGCGUUGUCAUUAUGGGAAAAGGAAGAGAUCCAGAUUUCAAAAGAACGUAUUAAUAACGUGUUUAUCACAAUAGUGCAUGACGAGAUAAUAUUGAAUUUGGUUGAAUCGAAAUUUUAUUACUAAGCUCUUUUGGCAAAUAAGAACAGCCAAUUUUUGAGUAAUAUUGGAGUUAAACAUUAGAUAAAAACAAGAUAUAUAUGGAAGUCUAAGAAUUGUCAGAACAAAGUAAGAAAGUGAAUGAUAUUUUGAUCCAAAAUUUUAGUGCAUAGAGACCCUAUCAAUUGUUUGUCGAAGAGCAACAGGAAUUGCAAUCUAAGAAAACUGCUUAGACUCCAAAAAUACCAUAAGUAUAAAAGGGAUAGAAACUAUGCUCACUGACCUUGAAUAUUUAGGAUCGAGAUCAAUUGGAUAAGUUAUAUAGAAAUAAUAAGCAGUAUCUGCAACAGUUGGGUAUUAAGAUGGAAUACCCUAAAAAUACUACAGCCACACAAACAGAAUAAGUUGAUGGAUUGAUACCUCUGAGUAGCAAAAAGAAUAAGAAUCAAUAAAAGGAUUAAAGCAAGGAAAUGAAAUUCUAUGAAUAUCAAUUGGAAAUGGGUCAAUGCACUCAGUAUUUGCCUACUUAUGAUACAGUGGAAUAACUAACUUAAGACAUCAAAUUGUUUGUUUCUGAAAUCGAUUAAUACAAUAAAAAAAAUAAGAAUGCAUUCUAAAAACUUAUAGAUGAAAUUUCAGCUGUUGUAAGUGCCACUUAUGCUGGAGCUCAAAUUGAUGUCUAUGGUUCGUAUGCAACAGAAUUAUGUUUACCACACUCAGACAUUGAUCUGGUGAUUAAAAUAUCCAAUCAACAUGAGAAGUUCGUGACUGACAUUUUACAAAGAAUUGAAGUUGAAUUGAAGAAAUGCAAAUUUAUUGAGGAAACUAAAUGUGUUACAUAAUCGACCACUCCAGUGCUCAGAGCAAAAUGCAAUAAGUAAUAUAUGAAUAAAAGACUUGAUAUCUCUAUCCAAGAAACUAAACAUAAUGGUUUGCAAUGUGUUUAAUUGAUUCGUAAGUAUAUCAAAAAUUACGAACCCCUCAAACCGUUGACACUUAUUAUGAAGCAAUUUCUUCAUAAGAGUGAUCUCUCUGAUACCUAUAGUGGAGGCUUAAGCUCUUAUGGAUUGAUAUUGAUGAUCGUGUCGUUUCUAUAAAGCUAUCAAAAUCAGGAUAAGAGUUGGCCAACAAUAGGUACGUUACUUAUUGAAUUCCUGAAUGUCUAUGGUUGUGAAUUAGAUUACGCAGGAAAAACCAUCUGUCCUGAUCAACCUGAAGUUUUUGAGUAGGAAACUACUAUAAUAUUUGACCCUCACAAUUUUGCUUAUUGCCAAUAACAAAGCCUUGUCAUCAUUGACCCACUCAACCCAUAAAAUAAUGUUGGACGUCCAUCUUAUAAUGUUGCCAAGCUCAAAGUAAAUCGUCUUUCUCAUCUUAAUUUAGCUUGCAUUCACUGUGGCUUUUUCUAAGUUGCUUACUUUUGAUUCUUCUACUCAAUAAUACCCACUUAAGUUCUUUUUCAAUUCCGCUCAAAAUAUUCAAUGUUCCCUUCAUUCUGUGCUUGUCAAUCAAUAUAAAGCCUAUGCAGAUCAAAUUAUGUUUGGUACAUCUACACGCUAUUGA